GUUCAAGGAAAAUGGUCGUUUUGCGGUUUCGCCUUUUAGUGAAUUCUGGUGAAUUAUAACUUAAAAUUUUAAUAUUAAUCGUGAAAAUGACAGAAAAAGAGAUCACAAUGGAGGAAUUAGACGAUUCGAUUAAACAAACCAAUGAACAGCUGGACCUGAUGGAAUGGAAACUGGAUGGAGGAGGAAAGGAGCUGGUGGCUCCGGUAGACCAUCAGGACGUCUGUCUUGUUAACUUAAUUAAAUCUGUUUCAGAGGUGCGUUCCGACUAUCAGCAGUUGCGUCGCGAGCUGAUCGAAGUGCAGGCUCUACAGCGGGAACUGUCGACGCGACUGCGCACGCAGCUGCGACUUGUUCACGGCAAGUUCGCGCGACUGCGACAAAGAAUCGCAGCCGCGUCGCCGCCACGUUAAAUUAAAAUAACCCACUGCCGUUACUAGUCAUCGUCUUUUGGAGAUCUUUAACUAUAAAUUUACAGAGGCUUCCGUUACUAGUGAAGUGUAGUAACGUUUGCACGUAGCGGCAAAAACGCUGCGUGUCAAACGCUCGUGCGCCCGUGAAAUAGCUGUCAAUUAUUCCCUUCUCUUCCGAUUCCUAUUAAUUUUACUAGAUUACAUUGUAAACUUAGUGCCAAGUAAUUAAAUGAAUGAUAAUAUUCAAUGCACUAUUAGCAAUAAUAAUUAAUCACUAUAGUUAUAGUGUUAUUGAUCUCAGUAACUGAGAGUUAACUACUUGAAUUAAUUACACUAGAAUAUGUAUAAGAGGGGAUAACUACAGUAUGGUUUGUGGUGUGAAAAUAUUUUUGUAUAACUUAUGAAUUGUUUGAUUUGUUUAUGGCUAGUCUUUUUUGGGAUUAGUGCACACGAUUAUAAAAUUUACGUGAACAGUUUCGUAUGUACUGUCCCUAAUGUUUGUUUAAGAGUAUGCGAGGUAUGUCAAUGUCUAAAUUAAUGAAAGAAUGUCGGUGCUAUGUAUUUGAGUGAAGCAAGGUACAGAAUCUCAGGUCUGAAUGUCCCAUUCAAAUUUAUAAGGCCGGUUGCAGAGCUUCACCGACCAUCAGUGCGUACGUCAGUGGCGCUUGUCAUAUGAAUGGAAAUACGCGUGCGUAUGGUCGGUCUAGCUAUGAACGGUUUUAUGAAUUUCCAUACAUUAUGACAAGCGCGAUUGACGUACGCACUGAUGGUUGGUGAAGCUCUGGAACCGGCCUAAGAAACAUUGUUGAUUUUUAUAAUUGUCAAUUGUAAUUCAAUCUCCAAAUUAUGUAGAUAUAUUCGAAAUUAAAAUGUUAAAAGACAUCGAAUGUAAAAGUGGGAUAUGGUAGAUAUGGAUCGAAUUUAUAACAAUGUUCAAUUUAUUUUCAAUGAAUAAACCGUAGCGCUUCGUCUGUACCUUACACGUCUAUCGUGGCUAGUACUCUAAGGUUUAGAACAAAUUUACAUUAAACAGAAGUCCUAGAAUUUAAAUGUUGCAUUUAUUUUUUCGCAUUUUACAUUUAGGGAAAUUGUAAUGUGUCAUUACAUUGUAGUUAUUACAUAUCGAAUAUUUGCAUGCUUCUACGAUUUACAUUAUCUGUGCACCGGGCGAGCGGGCAUUUCAUAUUUUAUGGCGCGAAAAUGUUAUUUGACAUAUUUUAUCAAUUCAUUUUUCACAUAUUAACAGCUUAAUUACGAACGUUUCUACUUUUAUUAGUGAUGUGAUAGGUACUAAUGUUGUAAAUUAA